CCCCUCGAGCGCUGUGUGUGUCCCUUUAAGAGUCGCCUCUCGGCGUCCCACGUGUGCGAUCAGCUGAUGGUGACGCUGCGGGGAGAGCGCCCCCCAGUUCCUGAAACAUAGGGCGCUGCGGGCUGCACAGGCUCAGGGCUGGGCUGGGCUGUCCCGGGCGCCUCCCCCGCCGAGUCUGCUCCGCGCGCUCCGCUGGCCGUCGCGGGGAGAAACCUGCAGGGUUAGUCUGGCUGGCGGCGGCGAGGGAGGUAGUGACAGCCCCAGAUACCCGCUCUCUGCCCGGGGAGGCGGUGCUGGGGGGGACCUUCCUGCCAGAGACCCAACCCGACCCCAUCCUACCCUGCUGGGACCGUCCUGCCAGGAACGGAGCCCCCUGCACCCCUCCUCUGUGCAGUAAUAACAAAGACCACCCACCGCGCUGGGACCUUCCCUGCUAGCUGCAGAGACCUCACCCCUGGGACCCCACCCUAUGCCCCUGGAACCCCUCCGCUCAGUAGCAGUGCCAGAGACCACUGCACCUUCCUGCCGGCAGCAGGGACCCUUCGUGUCUCCUCUGAGAUCUUCCUAGCAGGAGUAACAGAGACCUUCCUGAUACCCAGGGAGACUUGCUUCCUCCCCUUUGCACCCCAAAGACUUUCCUGCAAAGAACGUUAGAGACGCCAAGCUUCAGAGACCGGUUAGCAGCAGAGACCUUCCAGCCAAAACUCCUCCUGAAUAGCUGCAGACCCACUCAACCCUUUACAGUCUUGAGACGUUCUGGCAGCAGAGACCCACUCCCCACCUAAAUCCAUCCGAGAGGAGCAGAGAGCCCCUUGGGACCCCAGAGCAACAAUAGAUCCUCUCUAUUCACCAGUACAUGGAUUAUCUGGUGUUGCGGUGCUAAGUCUGAGGAAAAAAUUCUGCCUGUGCAGGUCAGGAACUACAAAGGAGUUCAUUACUACUCCUGAUACCCUGACAUUUCCUCUUGGAUCUGUUCUCAAAUAUAUGAGUGAACAAAAAAGGCUGUAUUGAAAUCCAGCAGUUGUCGCAAACAAGAAUUGCUUUGAGUUGAAAAAUAUACAAGGGAAAAACAAGAUUCUUAACGCCUUAAAACUUGAGCUCGAAGGAGAGGAAGCACUGAACUUCAGGGAUUGAGAACUACAAAAUUUCAAAUUAGCACUGAAAUACUAUGUGUUUUAAAGCGCUUUGCUGCAAGGGACCACCACCUCCACGACCUGAAUAUGACUUGGUUUGUAUAGGUCUCACUGGUUCUGGCAAGACAAGUCUACUGUCACAGCUUUGCAGUGAAAGCCCAGAGAAUAUAGUGUCUACAACAGGUUUUAGCAUAAAAGCAGUGCCAUUCCAGAAUGCCGUCUUGAAUGUAAAAGAACUUGGAGAUUUCUUCUUUCAGCAGCCAAGCAGUUAUGUGAAACAGAUGCUGAUUGUGUACUAUUCCUUUUGUUUGGCUGAAGGAAUACUCCUCCUUGUAGUGGAAGGUGGUGCAUGUUUGUACCAUUCUAGUUACCUCCUGGAGCUUCUAAUACAGCCAGGGGCUGACACUAUUAGGAAGUACUGGAGUCGUUACUACCAAGGAUCCCAAGGGGUAAUAUUUGUAUUAGACAGUGCCUCCUCGGAAGAUGAUCUAGAAACGGCGAGGAAUGAACUGCAUUCUGCUCUUCAGCACCCACAGUUAUGUACUCUGCCAUUUUUAAUAUUGGCCAAUCAUCAAGACAAGCCAGCAGCUCGCUCAGUACAAGAGAUCAAAAAAUAUUUUGAACUUGAACCACUUGCACGAGGAAAGCGCUGGAUUCUUAAACCCUGCUCCCUGGAUGAUAUGGAAGCAGUAAAAGACAGCUUCACCCUUCUGAUAAAUUUGCUAGAAGAGAGAGAGCUUGAGCCUUCAAGAAUGUGAAAAGCUAGGAAAGAGGACUGCUUCUACAGUCAUCAUUGAACCUGUUUAUUCUGCUCCCAGCUUAAUUAUGAUUUGGUAUCGAGACUGCGUUAUGGCUUACAGUAAAUAUAAACUUUCAUUUAGUGCAGAAGAUCUGUUUGUUAAAAUAAAUGCGCUGUAUAUGAUUGGUAUUGGGUAUAUGAUUAUUCCAGUUAAGUCAUCACGCUACUGAAAUAUAGGGAGUUCCUCUUUGUGCACCACUAAUUUUGCUCACUGCAUGUUUUUUCCCUGCAUUAUCAUAAAAAUUCUUGAUAUGGAAUUCUGCAUGCACAAAGUCACAGUCUGUAAAGGAUGAAAAAAAAUACCACCAACUAUGUUUUCUGAAAAGUAAGCGUCAUUAAAAAUUUGUGGAUAUUUCUGUGUGUGUAUGUCCUUGGGAUCAGCAAACAAGCUAUAUGGAAAGGAUGGCCAGUCAGAGUACCAGUAAAUCAUCUUACAAGCAAGGAAAUGUCUUGAUGCAAAAUCUAGUCUGAAGUCUUACUGAAUGAAAAUACAAAUACCUUGCUGGUUGACUACUAAUCUAAUUUUUAACCCUUUCAAAGGUACAAGCAGUCAAGUUAGAGGGAGUAAGGGGAAAUAAGGCACAAACACAGCGUGUGCUUUGUGUGUUUGCUAUGGGUUUUGGAUUAUCUGGAUUAUAAAAAAUAGCUUGCAUAAAAUUGCAGCUACAACUUAAGUAGAUGAUAUUUUUUAAAAAAUUAAAUAGGUUGGAUAAAGUUUACCAGUUGUUGUUUUUUUAGUGACUCUCAUCGAAGAGCAGCAAGAGUAUAUGUAUUUUAACUCCGAUGUGGAUCUCUGCUGUAUAAAUAGCAUGAAGUGUGACCAUUUUAAAUUAAGGGAUCUGCUGUAUCUCUCACUCAAAGUAGUAUUGUUAUCACACCUGUGCUCCUGCCUCUAUAAUAUCUCCUGUUAUAAACCCCUAUUUUUAGGACUUUAAAAAAUGCCUUCAGAAAUCCGCUGAGGACUGAAAGUUAGUAAAAAGUUUAUUAAUCAGAACCACAGUUUUGAACAAAAAUGGAAAAACUUCAUUCAGUUCUAGGAAUGCAAUACAUAUUCCACCCCUUAGCCCCAUCCACCUCCCCCCCCCCCCCCCCAGGUGUGCAACAUUUGCAUGCCUUUUGGCAGUUUUAAAAUGAUGUAAAUCAGUUUGCUUUUCAAAUGAGCUUCUCAGUUCAUUGGUUUAUAAUAAAACCAGAUAUCACAAGAGGGUGUAGAAAUCAGUAGAUGUUUGGUACACACGGUGGUGGUUGUGCCUUGUCCAGUUAGCUGCCCACAUCCACCAAUACCCUGCUUGAUGCAUACCCUGCAAUGGCAUACUGAGGGUAUAGAUAUCCAUCUUGAUUCUGUGCUUCAGGUUUUGAAAAAUCUUCUUAAAAGAAGACCUACUUUUCACAGCUUUAUUCAACGUGUCUUUUCACUCUGAAAGGAGUUCAUUUCUUUAAGUUUAUUUUAGUUUAUAACUAGUUUGAGGAUAAGAAAAAAUCGUGAGGGAGAGCCUAUAAAAGCUGGUUCCCUAUUUGUAAUGUACUCUUGGUUAAAUUAACUGGUUUCUAUAACUUUUACCUUUUUAAAGUUUCCUUGAACUAUUUGGAUCACUUCUUCCGUCACUUGUGAACUGCUUCCCUGAGGCACAUUUCAAUAUAAGCGUGUAGCCUGAUAGAGGCUGUUUCAACUCACUUCCUAUAAUCAAAACUAAAUGGGGGUUCCUGAGUAACUUCUGGAUUAAUUGUGUAGUAGAAACUGAGAGCUGAAAGUGACCAGAGCGCUAGAAUCUGCUGCCUAGAGAGCAUCUGGGCUCACUGACACUUUCCUCUCCCCCUCUUCCCCUAUCUAUGUAUUUCUUACCCAUGUGCUGCCCCAAGGCACCUCUUCUGCAGAUACUCAGGAACUUAAACUGUUCAUGUUACUCAAAACCAGCUCCCAACUCUCCUUCUAUGAAUUGGGACACGCUUGCUGCCCCUCGGGUAUUGCUAGGCACCUUGAGUGGGCUCCCUUUACCUGAACUAAAAAUGAAUUGGGAUCUAGUUUAGAGCUUCCAAUUCACUCUUUCAGGUAACACAAACAAUUUAAAGUUCUCAGGUGUCUGCAAAAGAAUCUGUUUGGAGGAGGAUAUGAGUAAGAAGGGGAAGCGGGCUACAUGCAAAAGUGAAGCCCACUCUGGGGGCAAGAGGAAGGGAAAAGGUAGCAUUCUAAAGUUUAGCUGCUUUUCGGUUUAAAAUUAGAGGGUGGGAGGAACAAUCUUUUUACUAUUUUCUGCCUUCUGGCCCAUAUUAGAUGUAAUUAAUUAAAUUCACAACAGGUGUAAAUGAGACCAACUCCACUUAGUUCUUACUAAUUUACACCAACAGUUAAUUUGGUGCAAAGGUCAUAGGGGUUUUGAUAUUAGUUUGGUCAUGAAAUCUCAACUAUGCACUGUUGGAAAGUGCUACACAGCAGUGACAUCAAAAAGGCCCAACUAGCCAAUCAGAAUAUGGCUUUAGCCAUACUCCCUUAUACAGUAUAUUAGGACCUUUUGAUGUUUAAUUCUUUUCUUUAGGAAAAUGUCAACUGCACAGGCGCAGUGAAAUUUUUUUGUAAUGAUUUUCAAUGUGCAUAUUCUUAGUAAUCACUCUCUACUAAAGGUUGAAACAAUACCUCGUAACUGUUUAAGUAUUCAGGAAAGAUGUUUAACAUUACUUUGAAUGUGAUUCUGUUUGUGAAUGGAUUAUAAUGGAUUUGUAGAUUUUAAACGUUAAACACUUUCACCUUUUUUAUGGAGGGAUUAAAAAAUACAUAGCAGUUCAUGUCACACACUCUGUCUAAAGUGUUCUUGAAUAUUCUUAAUACAGAAUCUGUGAAUACCAGACCUUUUUUAUUCAGAUGACCAAUCUCAAUGACUAUUUUCUCUUCCUGUGUAUUCAUCGUUUAGAUUAAAUAAAUUCAAUCACUAGGAACUAGCUACUUUCCAUGCAACUUCAUUAAACAGUGAAUAUUGUCUUUAAAAAAAAAAAAAGAUACUGUGGUUUAAUGUUCUUUAGCCAUCUGUUAAAUUACUUUCUGGGUGUGUGUUUUUGUGUGUGUGGAUGUGCCCACACUGGGCGGCUUCUCAGACCUAUGUCUGUCUGCAGUGUUUCAGCAGUCAGAAUAAAAACAUUAUCAAUCAGUAUCCAACAACAGCUGUUUUUGACAUGCUUCUGUCUGACGCCUAAUGUUUUACAACUGUCCUCCUUUGUCUAGCAGUUCUGAGCUGGUCAUCUUGUCGCUUCCAUGUUAUGUCCUGUACUUGUACUAACAGAAUUUGCAGUGGUGUUGGAAAUCCUUGUUAGUGUUUUUGAUAGUCUUUCUUGCUGUAUAAUGUGCUAUGUGUCUUAGUUUGCAUAUUCAAAUGUGCUGUACAGAAAUCUGUGAUGUAUUUCAUUUAGUUUCUGGCGUUUCAUUAUAUUUAUAGAAGUUACAGAUUUUUGUACCUUAUUAGCUACUACAGUUGCCUUUUUGUAAUGGCAAUUAAUUUAUAUUACAAAAGUUUGUAUCUUUUCUGUAAUUGAGUAUUGGUUGAUAGUUAAAUGUCAUAUUAUCCUGAUUUUAUACUAAAAAUACAUCAUCUAUACUUAGUAGUUGACCCAUUCAUGUAGACAACUGCAAGACCAGAGGAACUUGUAAUGUCUGAUUUAUACAUGAUUUCCACGAUCAAAAUAUGAAAAUAAACACUGAGUAGAACUGAA